AUGUCCGCCCGCGCCGAGCCCAAGAAGAAGACCCCCAUCGGCGUCCACCUCGUCGCAGGAGGCGGCGCAGGCAUGGCCGAGGCCUUGUGCUGCCACUGGCUCGACACGGUCAAGGUCCGCAUGCAGCUGAGCAGGAGCGGCAAGGCCAGCGGCACCAAGGCGCGUGGGUUCGUCGCGACCGCGAUGCACAUCGUCAAGAAGGAGUCGCCGCUCGGCCUGUACAAGGGCCUCGGCGCCGUCGUGACGGGCAUCGUGCCCAAGAUGGCCAUCCGCUUCGCCUCGUUUGAGCAGUACAAGGCGCUCCUCGCCAACAAGGAGACGGGCAAGACGAGCGGCACGGCCAUCUUCUUCGCUGGUCUCGGAGCCGGUGUCACCGAGGCCGUGCUCGUCGUGUGCCCGAUGGAGGUCGUCAAGAUCCGCCUGCAGGCCCAGGUGCACUCGAUGACGGACCCGCUCGACAUCCCCAAGUACCGCAACGCGGCUCACGCCCUGUACCUCAUCCUGCGCGAGGAGGGCUUCGGCACCCUGUACCGCGGCGUCGCGCUCACGGCACUGCGUCAGGCGACCAACCAGGCCGCCAACUUUACGGCCUACACGGAGCUCAAGAGCAUCCUGCAGCGGUACCAGCCCGAGUACCCGGACGGCGGCCUCCCGGCGUGGCAGACGUCCAUCAUCGGCCUCAUCUCGGGCGCCGUCGGGCCGUUCACCAACGCGCCCAUCGACACGAUCAAGACCCGCAUCCAGCGCGCGACCAAGCUCGCCGGCGAGACGGCAUGGACCCGGUUCUCGACCGUGUCGGCGCAGAUGUUCCGGGAAGAGGGCCCGUCGGCCUUCUACAAGGGCAUCACGCCGCGUGUCGCCCGUGUCGCACCCGGGCAGGCCGUCGUCUUUACCGUGUACGAGCGCAUCAAGCGUUUCAUCGAGAAGCCGGAGGACGUCAAACACGAGUACUCGGAGUAAGGGCGCGCUCGAGGACUGCCGAGGCGAAGGAGAAGGAGGAGGAGGAGGAGGAGGAGGAAAGGAAAGGUCGAAUCGUUGUGCGCUCCCGCCUUGUUAUACCUUGCACGCUGUCUCUCUGUCUCUCUGCAACACACACCCAUUUGCCGUCUC